CAACCUCCAGUCCCUGCAGUCACAAGCGAGCGAAGAAGCAGCAGCAGCAGAAUAGAGCACUGAAGGCAGCCCGAGUCUCCUCUAUACGCACGGGAUCUCACACACAUACACACACACACACACACACACACACACACGCACACACGCACCUGAGGGCCGCAGAGGAUUACAAACCACGAGGAAUAGUCUGACAGCCCGGGACCAACUUGUUUGUUAACAUGAAUAUAUAUGUAUAAAUAUAGGGGAACAAAAUCCUGCAGCGCUUUUCCAAAAAAAAAAAAACUUCAACGCACAGCUCCGCUUCUGCAAGUGCACUUAGACUUUGCGUAGCCUUCAUUCAGUAAUCACUGAUACUUGAGCCAGUUAUGGACUUUUUUUUGACGAGGAGUGUGCUCGCUGCGCAUGCAUGAGCCCCUCUCUGACCGUUUUUUUCUUCUUCUUCUUUUUGUGUUGUGGAUUUCGGUGAAAUAUUUGGACUUGAGUUUUUGACUUGCAACGAGGUCGGCUGGACUUCGCAGCCCUGGUGAGAAUUUACUGGAAGAGCCUUUUUUUGAACCUCCAUCCAACAUGCGACCUAUCGCAUCCAAACUCAGCUAUCUGUGUCUACACUUGUUUGCAUUCUGCUACCACGCUGAGGUAACCAAUCAGUCCCCGCCUAAUUUCACGCAGCAUGUAAGCGAGCAGAGCAAAGUGACGGACCGCGUGAGCCGCAGGUUGAUCCGGGUCUACCAGCUGUACAGCCGGACCAGCGGAAAGCAUGUGCAGGUCCUGCCCAACAAGAAGAUCAACGCCAUGGCCGACGACGGGGACGUGCACGCUAAACUCAUCGUGGAGACGGACACAUUCGGGAGCCGAGUGCGCAUCAAGGGAGCCGAGACGGGCUUCUACAUCUGCAUGAACAAGAGGGGGAAGCUCAUCGGCAAGGUGAGAAGAAAAGUCGAUCUCGAGCAGCAGAAGGCAAGAGUUCUCUCGGGUGGACUUCUGUUUUGUAAAAAGGCAAACUGUUGAGAGCGGAGAAUUCAAAAUCGUCCAUUAGUCUUUGGUGUGUCAUUAGCUCCGGUGCUCCAUGCCAUAACCUUGGAAUAUAUUUUGGGAGAAGUGUUUUUAAAGAUUGACGUCGACAGUAGGAGCCACAGACAGGUCGGAAAGUAUAGAGACAGAGACAUAGUUUUAUAUGGGAUUUGUUGACGAUAAGAUUAUUCAAAAAUAAUUCCAACCUUCAGACCAUAUCUUCAAAACCACUGGGGGCAUUGCUUUUGUUUAGACUCACAACUUUUAAGGUGCUACACGCAAAAGUUAGAUCGAAUCUAUUGCCUCCAAGCAGCUGAGCCGACGGCUUGCAGCUAACGGCGCUAACAGUGCAAACGACGGCAACGGUGCCGACGGAGCUUUUACCUGGGGGUGGGCGGUACGCUUCCGCGGACGACGACAAGCCUCCAUUAUAUGUUCCGCAAAAAGCUCCUCGCACGGACAUGAGAUGGCGCGGAAUUGUGACGAGCAAACGUUUUUGAUCUUUUAUACUCCGUGUGGGUUCAUCCUCUUGCGUCGAAACUGACAUUCUCAAUGGUCCUAGAAAAUGAACCUUUCAGAAAAGAUGACGUGCAAGAUUAUGUAUGGUGAUUUCCUCUAGUUUAAUGAUAGUUAUAUAUAUAUAAGCAUGCGCUUUUUGGUUAGGGUUUAGUUUAGUACCGGAUGUGUAUUCGUUGCUGUCAUGUGAGUGUGUAGGUGUGUCUGUUUGAGGCUCGAGCUAUCUCACUGUGACGGCUAAUAAACAGAGCUGCCAG